AUGAUCAGGGAUAGAUUGGCUAUUGCUUACAGUCGUCAAAAAUCCUAUGUUGAUAAUAGGAAGAGGGCUCUUGAAUUCGAAAAAGUAGGGAAUGUUGCCUAUGACUUGAAGUUACCAAAUGACAUGGCUUGUGUUCAUCCAGUGUUUUAUGUUCCGAUUCUUAAGAAGUUUCCAGGUGAUACAACAUCCAUCCUGCCUGUUGAGGGGUUAGGAGUCGACGAGAACAUUUAUUAUGACGAGGUUCCAGUUGAAAUUUUAGAUCGCCAAGUGAAGUGGAUGAAGAACAAGAAGGUGGCGACCGUAAAGGUGUUAUGGACGAACCACCUUGAUGAGGGAGCAACAUAG